AUGCCUCCGUCGCUCCUCGUCCAGAGAGGGUUCACCCUCCCUCCCGCCAGCACACAAUCCGCGAAACAAGCGCGCAGUGCGUUCUUCUGCUCGCUAUGUCAAAAAGGUUACAGUCGCAUGAACGAGUUCGAGGCCCAUGAAUCCUCCUAUGAUCACCAACACAAGAAGAGGCUGAAGGAGCUGAAGGAAAUGCAACGACAGGUGCAACCCAAGAAAGAAGAGAAAGGACCGCUGAUGCAAAUAAAACUCGGAGGCGGUUCUAAGAGCACGGCAGCCGGCGGUGGAGGUUUCAAAAAAGGAGGAUUCAAGAAUGCGUUUGCGCCCGCGGACGGGGAGCCGAAAGCCGAGCUGGAGAAGCGAGAGGACGCGGACACUAUCGUGGUCGAGAAGCAGGAUGCCGAUAUGGACGACAGUGAUCUGACAGAGGAUGAGGACUACUACGAUCCACGCAGGCCGACAGGAUGCAUGCCUGGUUGCAAAGGCCACGUCUCUGGCGGCUCUUGA